UUGAGCUAGUUCACAAAGAAGAAAGGAAAGAUUACGGCUUUGUACUUGUAGCUGCCUGCUUUUGCUUAGGGGAGAAACCUCACCGGAAAAGAUGUCGUCGUCGAACGGUGGGGUGCCGCCGGGGUUCCGGUUCCAUCCGACAGAUGAAGAGCUACUUCACUAUUAUCUGAAGAAGAAGAUUUCUUUUCAGAAGUUCGAUUUGGAAGUGAUUAGGGAAGUGGAUUUGAACAAGAUGGAGCCGUGGGACUUGCAAGAGAGGUGUAGAAUAGGGUCAACUCCACAGAAUGAGUGGUACUUCUUCAGUCACAAGGAUAGGAAGUAUCCAACAGGAUCGAGGACGAACAGAGCGACGAAUGCUGGGUUUUGGAAGGCAACGGGCAGAGACAAAUGCAUCAGGAACAGCUACAAGAAGAUUGGCAUGAGGAAGACCCUCGUCUUCUACCGAGGAAGAGCUCCCCAUGGCCAGAAAUCCGACUGGAUCAUGCAUGAAUACCGCCUGGAAGACAGCGAUGACGUUCAAGGCAAUUCCACUGAAGACGGGUGGGUGGUCUGCCGUGUGUUCAAGAAGAAGAAUUUGUUCAAGGUUGGAAACGAAGGAGGCUCAAGCAUGGGAUCAGAGCACCAACUGAACAACACAUUGGGCAACAACCAACCUCGGGCCCUUACUCUGAGAGACACCCAGCAGUACCUACGACGACAACAUGAGCAUGGUCAGAGCUUCGACCUCUACAACAAGCCCGAGCUCGGCCUCCAUUACUCGCACAUUCCCGUCCCUCCUUACUCCACCAUGCAAUCCCAAACCCUUCUCCCCGGAAGCCACAGGGCCGUCGGUUACGACUUCUCCCCUCUCCCGUCUGAGUCUCCGGUCAUGGCGGCCAAGAACCUCCUCUCAAACCCUAGGGAGUGUGACAGCGGCGGAAGCGAGAGUCUCGCCGGACAAGUACAUUACCAAGCUCAGGCAUGCGAAGGAGGGUUAGAGGUUGGAACAUGUGAACCAGCUCAACAGGGACUCAAUGACUGGGCCAUGCUUGACAGGCUUGUAACUUCUCAUCUGGGUCAGGAGGAUUCUUCCAAAGGUGUGAGGUUUGGGGAUGCAAAUCCGUCGUCAGUACAUCAAAUAAACCAGCUCUCUCUCCGUGGAGAGAUGGACUUCUGGGGCUACGGGAAAUAGCGAUGAUUUUUGUCGGAUUGAACUGAAACAACGGAUCAUGGAUUAGAGAAGAGCUCAACACUAACUAAUCCAGACCCUGUCUGUGAAUUGAUGAUAUCAAAACAUUUAUAUCUUUAUAUUUGUUUUAAUGUAAGUAUAAUUAAUGAACUAUUUGUUAGUGGGGGGAGAGAAAGUAAACCAAUGUUUUUACCA